AUGGAGAGAACGAACUCCAGGAGACGCAAAGCUGGAAUUUUGAAAGCAGACAACACUCAUGGCGUCGUCAGUUCAGCCCCUAAGGACCAAUUUGCAGCACCUCUCCAGGCGCCGUCCUGGGGGUUCAGAACGGCUGGAUUUAUCUCUGGCUUGGUUCUUCUGCUCAUAGUGUCAGCAGUGCUUCUCAAUCGACUUGCAAAGGAUUCAUUGCUGCUUAGAGGCCUCCAGAAAACGCUAUGGGGGCCUGGCUUGCAGGAUCAAACACAGACCGCUGGCGAUAUUGCAAUAAGACUCCACCCCGAUAACCAUAUUGGCCGCCCGCCAACAACACUGACUUUCAGUUGGGAGAUCACCAAGGGCUUUAGAUACCCAGAUGGUGUCCGCAAAGAGGUAUACCUCAUCAACGGCCAACUCCCAGGCGAGACGAUUGAGGCUCGCUCAGGCGAUCGAAUCAUUGUCAACGUCACCAAUCUUCUGAGCGACGAGGGUCUUGCUAUACACUGGCAUGGAUUAAUGAUGAAAGGUGCGAACAACAUGGACGGCGCAGUUGGUUUAACUCAGGACCCCAUCCCAGAAGGCGAAAGCUACUUAUACAAUUUCACCAUCGCCGAGGAAGAAUUCGGCACGUUCUGGUACCAUGGCCACGAAAAGACACAGCGCGACGACGGGCUCUAUGGCGGUCUUGUGGUUCAUCGACCGCUCGAUCAGCUCAACGAGAAAGAAAUAUAUCGCUAUGAUGAGGAAAUCUUGCUGCUGGUAGGUGAUUGGUAUCACCGACCAAGCACUGAAGUGCUCCGCUGGUACAUGAAUUCUCGGUCUUUUGGAAACGAGCCAGUGCCUGACUCUCUGGUCGUCAACGGGAAGGGAGAUUUUUCCUGCGACAUGGCGGUCCCUGCAAGGCCCGUGGACUGUAUCCCGUUCAGCGAAAGGAGUCAUCACCCUUUCCUACAACUCGGAAAUGGCAGGAUCUACCGUCUUCGUUUGAUCAAUACCGGCUCCCUUACUGGUUUCUCGAUGAGGAUGCACAACGCCAGCUUCUCUCCUUUCCAGGUCGAUGGUGGUCACGAGAUCCGUAUGGCAGAGGCUCAAGGCGUGGGGAUCGUUUAUCCCGGAGAGCGCGUGGAUGUAAUCCUCCAGACCGGAGCACCUGACAGGCAAUCUUAUCUUGAGAUCGAAAUGGACGAUGAGAACUUCAAGUACCCAAAUCCGGCCCUCGAUCCAUUACAGAAGUUCCCGGUCAAAGUAGGAUCAGAAUCGACCGGCCAAAAACAAUUCCUGAAACCGGAGCUCGAGUACUACAACCUCCAGGCGGCCGUGCCCAACUACAGUCUUCCGAUUCCGUGGUCAGACGAGCCGUGGAAGUUUGUCGUCUAUACCACAACACUCAAACUGGCCAGGCACCACAAUAUCCCCAUGGGGUUCAUCAAUCACACCAGUUGGUCACCCCAAUCGCCACCGUUGCUUUCCCUGGCUCGGGCACAGUAUGACCAAAACCAGCUGUCGCCUCACAUCCCUUUGGCCAAGGACGAUGCUGCCAUCGCUGAUGGUUCUGCUGGAUGGGUCGAAAUUGUCAUCAAUAAUCUCGACGAUGGUGGCCACCCAUUCCAUCUACAUGGUUACUCCUUCUAUGUUGUCUCUGUGUUCCCACCUCCAAUUCCUUGGAGUAGUGAGAAGCCGCCGUUCACCGCUGGGGGAACGGGCAUGUACAACUACAAUCCGUUCGACACCCCAACACCAGACUCGCCGGCCGGCCCAUACAAUUUAGCGAACCCUAUCAUCAAGGACACGGUCUUUGUUCCCCAAAGAGGCUACGUCGUAAUCAGGUUUCGAGCCGACAACAAGGGUACCUGGAUGAUGCACUGUCAUGUCGGAUGGCACUUGGGAAGUGGAAUGGCUAUGAGCUGGGAGAUUAGUUGA